CCAGUGUGCACCCGGCCACAGAGAAGUGGGUGACUUAGGAGUAUCCUCUCCGCUUCUGACCCUUAGUUUCGUCUGUGCACAACUCGCUCAAAAUGGGCAACUCACUAAGCGUAUUUUGUUCCUGGUUCCGCCGCAGGUCCUGGCCACGCCAUCGGCAACCUACUCGUCUUGUCCGUGAGGCCUUCCCAGCUGGCAGGGCUCACCCCGCAGCUCCGGCACCUGUGCCUGCCUGGGGCAUCUGGGGCCGUUCCCCACUCCUCAUCAACCGUCAGCGAUAUCUUGGGCCUUCUUUUCCAGUCAGGUGGGACGGCGCCCCUAUGAGGCUGUGUCUUAUCCCUCGGAACACGGGCACCCCACAGAGGGUCCUGCCUCCUGUGGUCUGGAGCGCCCCCUCAAGGAAGAAACCCGUGCUAUCUGCUCGUAACUCCAUGAUGUUUGGACACCUCAGCCCCGUGAGGAUCCCUCGUCUCAGAGGCAAGUUUAACCUUCAACUUCCUUCAUUAGAUGAGCAGGUGAUCCCAGCCAGGCUCCCGAAGAUGGAGGUGAGGGCAGAAGAGCCCAAAGAAGCAGCGGAGGUGAAAGACCAGGUAGAGACCCAGAGGCAGGAGGACAAUAAAACGGGCCCCUGUAGCAAUGGGGAAGCAGCCUCCACCUCUAGGCCCCUGGAGACUCAGGGAAACCUCACUUCCUCCUGGUACAAUCCCAGGCCCUUGGAGGGAAAUGUCCACCUCAAGAGCUUGACAGAAAAGAACCAGACUGACAAGGCCCAGGUGCAUGCAGUGAGUUUCUACUCCAAGGGCCAUGGAGUCACCAGUUCACACAGCCCUGCUGGAGGCAUCCUUCCCUUUGGGAAGCCUGACCCACUUUCAACAGUGCUCCCUGCCCCUGUUCCGGGCUGCUCCCUGUGGCCAGAGAAGGCAGCCUUGAAGGUGCUGGGUAAAGACCACCUGCCCAGCUCUCCAGGCUUGCUGAUGGUGGGGGAGGACAUGCAGCCCAAGGAUCCUGCAGCUCUUGGAUCAAGUAGGUCUUCACCACCCAGAGCUGCCGGCCACAGGCCCCGCAAAAGAAAACUGUCGGGGCCACCGCUGCAGCUGCAACCGACCCCUCCCCUGCAACUGAGGUGGGAUAGAGACGAGGGGCCCCCACCAGCUAAGCUUCCAUGUCUAUCUCCUGAGGCACUGUUGGUGGGUAAGGCUUCCCAAAGAGAAGGACGCCUCCAGCAGGGCAACAUGCAUAAGAACGUGAGAGUGUUAAGUAGAACAUCAAAAUUCAGGAGACUAAGAGAGCUGCUUAGGAGGAGAAAGAAGAGAUGGCAGGGCAGGCGUGGUGGCUCACGCCUGUAAUCCAGCACUUUGGGAGGCCCAGGCGGGGGGAUCAGGAGGUCAAGAGAUUAAGACCUGAGGAGCAUCUCUGCCUGCACCAUCUGGGAAGUGAAGAGCACCUCUGCCCAGCUGCCCCACCGUCUGGGCAGUGAAGAGCGCCUCUGCCCGGGCCCUGCCCCGUCUGGGCAGUGAGGAGUGCCUCUGCCUGGCCCCCUUACACUCUGGGAAGUGAGGAGCUCUUCUGCCUGGCCAGUGCCCUGUCUGGGAAGUGAGAAGCGCCUCUGCCCAGCUGCCCACCAUCUAGGAAUUGAUGAGGAGCACCGCCUCUGCCCAGCCUCCACCCCAUCUGGGAAGUGACAAGCACCUCUGCCCAGCCGCCUCACAGUAUGGGAAGUGAGGAGCGCCUCUGCCCAGCCGCCGCCCUGUUUGGAAAGUAAGGAGCGCCUCUGCCUCGCCGCCGUCCUCUCUGCAAAGUGAGGAGUGCCUCUGCCCGGCCUCCUCACCGUCUGGGAAAUGAGGAGCGCCUCUGCCUGGCCACCGUCCCAUCUGGGAAGUGAGGAGUGCUUCUGCCCAGCCGCCACCCUGUCUGGAAAGUGAGGAGCACCUCUGCCCGGCCCCCUCACCGUUUGUAAGGGAGGAGCACCUCUGCCCAGCCCCUGCACCGUCUGGGAAGUGAGGAGCGUCUCUGCCCGCUGCUGUGCAACCUUCCAAGUGUGAAGUGACGGCCUUGUGUGUGAUCUUUCUGCCCUCCCCAAGUUUGCAUUUUCGACAUUAAAGUUUACUUUUUAGUUAAAAAAAGGAGAUUGAGAUCAUUCUGGCCAACAUGGUGAAACUCCGUCUCUACUGAAAAUACAAAAAUUAGGCGGGCAUGGUGGCUUGUGCCUGUAGUCCCAGCUACUUGGGAGGCUGAGGCAGGAGAAUGGCUUGAACCCGGGAGGUGGAGGUUGCAGUGAGCCGAGAUCGCACCACUGCACUCCAGCCUGGUGACAGAGCAAGACUCCAUCCUGAAAUGAUGUUGUAGUUGAGAGCACGAUGGUCUUUUGGGACAGGAGGAACAAGAGGUUCUGGUUGCCACUCUUCAAUCAGUUCUUCUUUUUCCUUGACUGUAAGAUCAGAUCGUUCUUGUAAUUUGUAAGUCUUAGAGAAAAGAAGUCUGAUUAUCCAGAGUAUCAGAAUCCCUUCCAAAAUAAGAUGGUAAACAGGAGCCUCGUAAAGCGCCUGUACCAUCUCCACCAGAACCCACUGCUCCAUGGCGGUCGCCAUAGUUAGCCGCUUCCUUCCGGACACUGUCUCAUUUCUAUCUCACUGUUCAGCAUAGCUGCUGUCCAGGCAAAUGUUUCUCAAAAUUUGAGUCACCUACAGACCCAAGCAAAGGGAAGAAAAAAGAAAAAGACAAAAGAAAAAUCUAUGCAUUUUAGUUUGUGAGAUGCUGGUGUAAGGACUGUAAGACCCAUUCGAGGACAAUGUCUUGUAAAUUUUUAAUUAUCUCAGCAAAAAAAAUUAGAAGUUUUGUGUUUUGGAAUGGCAAAAUAACAGAUUAAUAUCACAAUGGAGUUCAAAUUUUAAAAUUCUCAUAAAACAUAUCAACCUCCAAGAAUAUACCUACAGAUAUAUCUGUCUUUGGAUCUCAAUGUGAGAAACAUUAAACCAGGAUAAAUAGAAAUGUGGGGCCAAGAUCAAGAGGAGGCCACAGUAACCUCUGGGUGUUAAGUAGAAAGGACAAAUGGCCAAUGAGAAAAGGAUGGAGAUAGCACACAACUGGGAAGAUCUACAAUUGUAAUCUCAUGCCUGUCUCUUGACAUGCUUGUAUUUUUAUGUUACAAACCAUCUUUCAACUUUCUUUUAUUCUCAUUCAAAUGUUUUCAGAGUUUAUUCAGCACUUAUUUCAGUGAAAACAUGUAUUUAAUCUGGCAUUCACUUAUUCAAUUAAUUUUUAUUGAGGGCCAACUGUGUGCCUGGCUAGGAGUAGAGGGUACAACCAUGAAGAAGACAAAAAAUCAAAACAGACACAGGGUUUUCUUUUAUGGAUCCAGUGGGAGAGAAACAUAUCGGAAAGACAAUAAAACAAAAAAAAAUGUUUUCUUAAAGAGCAUAUUUAAUUGGUAUUAAAAGAAACAUUAAAGGAACAAUGGGAAUAUGAGAUGCAGGAAACCUAGCCUUGAUUCAGGUUUCCUUGAGUCAGGGAAUGCUUUCUUGAGGAUGCGACAUUUAUGCAUACACUUGAGGGGGUAAAUAAGACAGUUGUAAGAUUAGAAAAGAAGGGAAGCUUCCCAAGACAUAAAAUGUUCUAUUAUAAAGACACAUGCAUGGGUAUGUUCACUGCAGCACUAUUCACGAUAGCCAAAACAUAGAAUCAACGUAAAUGCCCAACAAUAAUAGACUGGAUAAAUAAAAGGUGGCACAUAUACACCAUGGAAUACUAUGCAGCCAUAAAAAAGGAUGAGAUCAUGUCCUUUGCAGGAACAUGGAUGAAGCUGGAGGCCAUUAUCCUUAGUAAAGUAACAGAAACAAAAAAACCAAUACCACAUGUUCUCAUUUUUAAGUGGAAGCUAAAUGAUAAGAACACAUGAACGCACAGAGAGGAACACACACUAGGGCCUAUCAGAGGGUGGAAGAGGGAAAAGAUCAGGAAAAAUCACUAGUGGGUACUAGGCUUAAUGCCUGGGUGAUGAAAUAAUCUGUACACCAAACCCCCAUGACGCAAGUUUACCUAUAUAACAAACCUGCACAUGUACCCCUGAACUUAAAAAUUUUUUUUAAAAUAAAUGUCAAGAAAGCCAACUGGAUCAGAAUGUGAUGAGCAGAAACAGAAGCACAGGCAAAUUUAAAAGAAGACAGAGGCAAGAGACAGGGUCCUAUGGGUCCCAAUACAGAGUUUUCAAAUUAUCCUAACUGCAAUGGGGAAGUGGAUUAAGUCUUUUAACUGGUGAAGACCAGAUCAAACUUGGGUUCCAGGAAGGUCCAUUGGCUUCUAUGUAGGGUGUUGACAUUCAAGGACAUCUACCAAGUGGCGACAAAGUUCCCUCUUAGACUACCUCCCAUGUACAUAACCUUUCCCUGGUUGACUACCACUAACUAAACAUCCCCAAACCUCCUGCCUCUGUGCCUUUGCACAUACUUAUUCCCUGCCUAUAAUGCCUCUUUCCCAUUCUCUCCUAUUCAUAGUCCAGUCAUGAUUUAGGACCUGUCUCCAGCAUGCUUUUCUUCAUAAAUUCCUUCCAUUUGGGUUGACUUUCGCUCUUCUUUUGAUUCUCUCUCCUCUUAUUUUAUGGCACUUUUAUAUUCUGUUAUGUUUUAUAAUUAUUAUGUACUUAUCUCAUUAUACAGCUUUUUGAAUAGGACGCAAUGGCAUUUGUGCAUCCUCUAGAGCAUCUUAGAUGUAUAUUUAUACAUAAACUCAGAUUCACUCAAUGUAAAAGAACUUGUUUUUGUCUUUUAUGAAGUUUGUUUUACCCUAAUUCCUGGUUUUCUGAAGCCUUGUGCCUUUUUAUUUUUAUUUUUCCCGAGAUGGAGUUUCACUCUUGUUGCCCAGGCUGGAGUUCAACAGUGUGAUCUCGGCUCACUGCAACCUCUGCCUCCCAGGUUCAAGUGAUUCUCCUGCCUCAGCCUCCAGAGUAGCUAGGAUUACAGGUGCCCACCACCAUGUCCGGCUAAUUUUUUUGUAUUUUUAGUAGAGACAGAGUUUCACCAUGGCUGGUCUCGAACUUCUGACCUCAGGUGAUCCACCCGCCUCAGACUCCCAAAGUGCUGGGAUUACAGGGGUGAGCCCCAGGCCAGCCUCGUGCUUUUAAGUUACUUUGAAACUGUCAUCUUCCCCUUGUUGUAAUCCCAAAUGUCUUCUUCAAUCAACUUUAAUGACUUCAUUUCAAAAUACUUUGGGUUUUUGUUAUCAUUAUUGUUCAUUUGCCUAAUAGGCCUUCUCUCAGUUUCCUCAGCUAUCCUGUGUAUGUGCCGAACUAAUGUCAUUUCUGACAUUCUUUGCUAGAGACCCUAACUCUGUCCUCCUGACUUCCAUCCCUCUAAGAUGUCUCUUGUCCACUGGAGCAGCUCCUCUGUGGAGGUGGUAUCCUCCUUCACCACUUGUCACCACCCAUAUCCUGUCUUACCGUGUGCGUGAGUCUCCCACUCCUAUUUCACUUACACUCCCUUUGAGCUUUCCAAUUAAUCAGACAUCAUUUUUGCCAAGGCUACUCUUUAUCUUCUUGCUUUUUCUUCUGCAUCUCCCUUCUAAUUUUUCACCCUAUUCCCCUUUUCUCUCAAUCAUUUGCUUCACUAUUAAAUGUCGCUAAUGUUCCAAUUUUUAAAACUUAGGGAAAUUUACCACUUUAUCACUAAAAACAACAACAAAAAAAUGCUUCUUGACAUAGCUUGGUAGAAUUAGGGUUAAUGUACACAGAAAUCUUUCCAUUUAGCCUCUGAGUUCCUUCAACUCUGAGGCUUUAACUGCUUAGCCCAAUGGGGAUGAUGCCAUAUGAUCCUUUACAUCUGAUCUAUGAAAAAGGCCAAAUGUCUUUCUGAAGUCACGCCAUGAUUUCCGGUAGUUGUCACUGCCCAGUUCAGAGAGUUUGGUUUGGAACUCAUAACUGCUACCGCAAUCAUACAAAGAUGGAGAAAAAGUACUCUCUCCAAUGGCUUCCCUUUACUGAAUUAUGAAAACUGAAUGUUUAUCCUGGCUUCAAUGGCAAAAGGGAGAACCAUCAGAAUCUUGCAAUACUUGAGAGAGUUAGAAAUGCAUCACAAAAUAAAAUUUGACAUUUCACUUCUGGAAAAAUGAAAUAGAUAUAUUUUCCUUAUUUAUCCCACUAGGUACAACUAAAACUUUAGACAUGAUAUAUAUAAAACUAACAUUUUUGAAAAACCCUCAAAGUUGGAGAAAAGAAAGCCUGACUGGCUAUAGAACUUGGGACCGAAGGAACAACAACAACAACAAAUCUGUAAAAGUAUCAAACUUCUAGCAAGACUGAAAACAAAACAUAAAUUACAAAAAUUGGGGGUGAAACAGGAGCUAUCACUAUAGACACAAGAGACUACAAAGGAAUAGUAAACAUACCAAUAACUCUCUCUAUAUAAAUUUGAUAUCUUAGAUGA